ACCCCGUGCCCGUGUCCGAGGGGAGAGCUGGAGCCUCCCAGCUCUACCGCCACCGCCGCACCCGCGGGGGUCGCCGUGGUGGCCGCCGCUCUCCCUCCUCGCCGUUUUUGGACAAAUAGAGAUGCAAAAGGGAUACCCUAGUCUUUCCCAAAUAAUAGAACUGAAGUCACUAAGGCUCUCCUUUGUGAUUGGCAUUGGUCCCACAUCAGACGUUCCCACGUCAAAGUGACACACGGACACAUUCUCACUUGAAGAAUAAAUGCCUAUAAUAUCAGCCUCAAGUCCUUCAGUUCCAGGAAACUUGUCUCAUGAGGAUUAGACACGCUGCCAUCUGCAAUACAGACAUUUCGAUCAGCGGAUAUGGCCAGGAAAACGUACUGUUUUUCCAGAUUUGUUAGUGGAAGAAUUGUUAGCACUGUUUCCUUUGGUCUGCCUCACUUUCCUCUGGGGAAGAAACCAUCACUGCUUGUUUACAGCUACAGAAGAUAACUCAGGAAGGCAUGGAACAUCCCCUCCUGCCUGUCUCUAGCAAGUCAUUUCAAUGGGAGUAAGAAACGCUGAGCGAGCUUAUCCGGUACAUCUGGAUGACCCCACUGGAACGAGGAGGUUAAACCAGAUGAUAGCCAGGAGCACACUGCACUAGAGCUGAGCUCAUUCAAACACAUAGAAUUUCAGGACAAGAAAGAGAACUGCAGUGUCUUUCCUGCUUUCAGAUACCAUAACCUUAAGAAUGCAGUCGGUUUGUCAAAGAGUUGGCCCUUGUUCCUCAUGUUUGAAGAGGCAACUAAAUGGCUUCCUGGGAUUAAUUAAAUGGCAGAGAAGACCGGUUCCUGCUUGUGUGAGAACUAUUUACAGUGAGACGGGGAAAUGGGAAAAAAACUAUGGGUUGGAGACAAGAAAACGAGUUGAAAAUUGGUGGUUCCCAAGAAUAAAGGAUCAGUUCUGCAGAAUUUCAGAAACUGAUAAAUCAAGACCAAAAUUUUAUGUGCUUUCUAUGUUCCCAUAUCCUUCUGGGAAGCUUCACAUGGGCCAUGUUCGUGUCUACACCAUCAGUGAUGCAGUAGCUCGAUUCCAGAAAAUGAGAGGGAUGCAGGUGAUAAAUCCAAUGGGAUGGGACGCAUUUGGUUUACCAGCAGAAAAUGCUGCAGUUGAACAUGGCCUUCACCCUGCAAGCUGGACACAAAGUAAUAUUCAACACAUGAGGAAACAGUUUGAUGCACUAGGUCUGUCUUUUACAUGGGAAAGGGAGGUAACCACUUGCUUACCAGAGUACUACAAAUGGACACAAUAUCUCUUUCUUAAGCUUUUUGAAGCUGGGAUAGUGUAUCAAAAAGAGGCCUUGGUUAACUGGGAUCCAGUGGAUCAGACUGUGCUAGCUAAUGAACAGGUGGAUGACAAUGGUUGCUCGUGGCGUUCAGGAGCAAAAGUGGAGCAGAAAUACCUCAAACAGUGGUUUAUCAAGACAACUGCUUAUGCAAAGGCCAUGUUUGAUGCUUUAUCUGAUCUCCCUGAGUGGUAUGGUAUUAAAGAAAUGCAAGCAAAUUGGAUAGGUGACUGCACUGGGUGCUCUCUUGACUUCUUGCUAAAGGUUAAUGGCAAAGUAACAGAAGAGAAGCUAGCAGCUUACACCUAUACACCUGAAGCCAUUUAUGGAGCUUCCCAUUUAUAUAUCUUACCAACUCACAGACUGCUGUAUGGAAAUAACAGUCUCAAGGAAGUCUUUCAGAGGGAGUUCAUCCCAGGGAAAGACUCACUUACUUCAGUGACAGCUGUGAAUUUGCUUACCAAUCAGGAGAUUCCUGUAGUCAUCUCAGCAAAAACCAAUUUUGCUAAUUUUCUUGAUGCUAAAAUAGGAAUUCCUAGUACUAGUGCAGAAGAUGCUGCAGUAGCUAAGAAUCUGGGCAUUUCUUUAACUGAAGUCAUUGAGACAUUGCCAAAUGGUUUGGAGAAGGUCAUUAAUUCUGCAGAGAUCACUGGCAUGACUCGGCAGGAGGCUUUAAAAGCUAUUACUCAGCAGGCCAAAAAUAGAAGAAUAGGUGGAGACCUAACGAGUGACAAACUGAGAGACUGGUUGAUAUCUCGGCAGCGGUACUGGGGAACGCCCAUUCCAAUCAUUCACUGCCAGACAUGCGGCACUGUUCCCGUGCCUUAUGAAGACUUACCUGUGGUGUUGCCCAACGUAACCACGUUCACAGGAAAGGGAGCCUCACCUCUGGAAAGUGCCCCAGAAUGGGUGAACUGUUCUUGUCCGAGGUGCAAGGCAGCAGCACGGCGAGAAGUCGAUACCAUGGAUACAUUUGUUGAUUCCGCUUGGUACUACCUGAGGUACACUGACCCUCACAACACAGACAGGCCCUUUAAUAGUGACUUAGCAGACUACUGGAUGCCUGUGGAUUUGUACAUCGGAGGAAAGGAGCAUGCAGUUAUGCACUUAUUCUAUGCAAGGUUCUUCAGCCAUUUUUGCCAUGAUCUAAAGAUGACAAAACACAAGGAGCCUUUCCAUAAGCUCUUGGUUCAAGGUCUUAUCAAGAAUCAGACAUUCAGACUAACAACAACAGGCCAGUGUUUGAAGAGAGAGGAGGUUGAUCUCACAGGAACUGAACCAGUUCACCUGAAAACUGGUGAGAAGCUCCAAGUUUCUUGGGAAAAAAUGAGCAAAUCUAAGUACAAUGGAAUAGACCCUGAGGAAAUAGUGAAAGGGUAUGGCAUUGACACCCUACGUCUUUACAUUCUGUUUGCUGCUCCUCCAGAACAAGACAUUUUGUGGGAUGCUAAAACUGAUGCCAUGCCAGGUGUUCAGAGAUGGCAGACGCGCCUCUGGGCUCUUGUAACCAAACUUAUUGAAGCAAGGACUUCAGGAACCAUGCCCAAUCCUGAGCUUCUGAAUAAGAAAGAGAAGGCUGAAGCCAGAAAGAUCUGGGAGCAGAAGAAUCUGGUGAUUUCUGAGGUAACUGAGUACUUCACAAAGGAUCAUUUGUUCAAUGCAGCUAUUUCCCGAUUGAUGAGCCUCACAAAUGUACUCCAUCAAGCUCCUCAGCCUCUUGUUCUCCACAGCACAGAAUUUGAAGAUGCUUUGGCUUCACUCUGCAUUAUGGUUGCACCUAUGGCUCCCCACAUUGCAUCAGAGAUGUGGAAAGGUUUGGCACAUAUGCAGAAUAAACUUUGUAUUCAUCAUCACUGGGAUGUUGAUGUUCUGCAUCAGUCCUGGCCCAAAGUAGACCCAGAGUACCUUCAGCCAUCAGAUGUUGUGGAGAUGUCUGUCCUGAUCAAUAACAAAGCUUGUGGCAAAGUUUUUGUGCCUCAGCAAGCAGCCCGCAAUUUUGAAGAAGUCCACGAGCUAGUUCUUCAAAGUGAACUUGGAGUCAAGCAUCUCCAGGGACGAGCCAUUAAAAAGGCCUUUCUGUCUCCCAGAACUGCCCUUAUCAACUUCUUAGUGCAAGAAUAGUAAAGGCUCUGCUAGGCUGUAAAAGGGAACUGGAAUCUUUUGAGGUGGAAACCAGUGCAAAAACACCAGUUAUGGUUAUUUCACAGUCAUGUAAAGGUGUGAAAGAAAUCUUAUUAAAAUCAGGUUGCUGCUAAAUCUUCCUUUCAAUGCAGAGAAAUGUGCAGAAUUAAAGUUUCUUAUUGAGUCAUGGUAA